AUUUCAACAAUUUAUGGCUUAACCAACUCCAAGAAUUAUCAAAGAGACAUAAAAUUUAGCUAAAGAUAAAGUGUAAGGAAUUGAUGUGACUCCAGAUCCACAAAACUUCAAACAUUUUUAUGUCAUAAUAUCAGGACCUCCUAAUACACCAUAUGAAGGAGGUGUAUUUGAUGUUGAAUUACUUUUACCUGAUGAUUAUCCCAUGGUAAAAUUACUUAAAAAUAGAUUUAUAGUCCCCACCUAAAUGUGUUUUCAAUACAAAGAUUUAUCAUCCAAAUAUUGAUAAUUUGGGAAGAAUUUGCUUAGAUGUAUUAAAAGAUAAAUGGUCACCUGCAUUAUAAAUCAGAUCUAUAUUGCUAUCAAUUUAAGUAUUGUUAAGCUCACCAAACCCUGUAUGAUUUGUCAUAAAUAAUAUUAAGGAUGAUCCAUUAAAUAAUGAAGCUGCUAAUUAAUGGAAAACUAAUGAAGGAUAAGCUUUAAUGAAAGCAAGAGAAUAUACAUAAAAAUAUGCUAAAAAACAUUGAUUAGUAUAAUUUAAUGAAAAAAAAAAU